UAACGUGUGAUUAUUUUUCUUUCUAAUUCUACGAGAGGAUUUUGUUGCUCUGAAGGAAGGAAAGAUCGUUCGGAUAUCGGAAAUAAAAGGGAUUUUUCUCUCUCGAGGAAAACUAGUUGAUUUGAUACUGAGCGAAAUCAAAGAGAAAUAAAUAACAAGGAACACGACAGGAAACAAAAGAGAUGCGAGCCAUUUGAGUUACGUAGGAAAUGCAGAAAUAACUGUUCAUUUAUACAUUACACCAGAUAGUGAGCGCCUGCAAUCCUGCACGCAAAAUAUACCAUCCUGUUGACGUUGCAAUAACACCACCACCUUCCUGGCGUCUGAAGGAGGUACCCGCAUUGCAGACUCAACACAGGGACGCAUUGCUACUCUCCUGAAUAUGACGGGGAUGCUCUUGUAGACAUGCGCACACUUGCCGAGAUAGAAACACCGCCAUGAAUACAUUUGGGUCUCCGCCGUCCCUCUCCGUCACAGCAAUUUUGCUAUGUACUAUUGGUUUGUCUUGCUCCCUGAGAAUAGAUGACGUGUCCAUCCCGGAAUACAAAGUACGUGGUUCCUCAGCACGUCUAACUUGCAACUAUUCUCUGGGGGACUUCACACUCUACAGCCUCAAGUGGUAUAAAGGAGACAAGCAGUUUUAUCAGUAUAUUCCUGGUAACAAGAAGACGAAGAAUACGUUUGUAGUUCCGGGCGUCAACGUGGAUGUUGACAGCAGCAGCGCAGUGACGGUCGUGUUAAAGGACGUAGAGUUGGAGACUUCAGGGAAAUACAAGUGUGAGGUUAUUACAGAAGGACCUUUAUUCCAUACGAAGAUCGGGGAAGGCAACAUGACCGUAAUAGACCUCCCCGACAGCACGCCCGUUCUGGAGGGCGUGAAGACCAGCUACCAGCUUGGAGAGAGAGUACAUGUCAACUGCACUUCGCCUUACUCCAAGCCGGCUGCAACGCUGGAGUGGCAUGUUAACGAUGAGUUAGUUAGGAAGCCCACCUGGCUCCGACGCUACGAGGCCCAGCAGGAACCCGACGGCCUGGAGACGGCUGUCCUCGGCCUCACCUUCGUCACCAAGCGCAGUCACUUCCCCGGGGGCGAGCUGCGUCUCAAGUGCGUCGCCAAGAUCGCUACCAUUUAUUUCCAGAGUCAGGAGACGUCGGUGAUCGAGACGGGGUUCUUUAAGCAUACGCAAGCUGAGGAGAGGAGGCAUAAGGACCAUUCGUAUUUCUUUGGGAACAGCGCACCAAGAACCACAACCAGUUUUUUCUCUCUGGUUUUGGCAACUGUUGCUGUUCUACUAAACACAGGAUUCCACGUGGAUUUGGUACAACCGUUCUUGUAGUUCUGCUGAACAAGAACACGAACAUAACGUAGAACAUAAGUUGUAGAACAUAAGAAAUCCCUCCCGAUUCAUCCCCCACCCCCCUCUCUGCCACCACUAUGAGAAAUAAUGAUGAAAGAAAUGCUAAGGAAAUUUAUUAAGUUUUUUUUUCACGUAAAUGGUAUGACUGUAUAAUGUUUGUGGAUUGGUCGAUGCUAUUGUGUGCGAUCCAGAUUAAAUUUCAUAAGAAUAAUAAUGAUAACACUACACUGUUAUAGCAUGAUGAAGAUUAAGAAAAAACAAAAACAAAAACAAAAGACAGAAUGAUAAUGAAGAAGAUAAAAUAUUUACAGUGUAUCAGGAACUCCAUUAGGUCGGGUGAUUAUGGAAAAAAAAACACAUUGCUUUGAUAUUAGGGAAAUUAUUCCAAAAUUUUUGCAACGGAGUGAAACAGAUAUACAGAAAAAAAUAUAAAUGUUUUUAUAAUGGUAAACAUGUACUUUUAGUAUUAACGACUAGUCAGUGAGCAAUAUGUUUUUAAUUAUUUAUAUUGUCUUUAAGGUCCAUGAACUGUUGUAUAUCUAUACGUGAGAGAUAUUUUAAUCAGGUUUAGAAAUUGAGUUUGUAAUGUACAUAAGCUAGUAUUGUUUAGAGAGAAAGAAUAAAGAUGAACUGAAGAGAAAAAAAAGUGAACAUUAACGUUUAAUAUAUAUUGUAUAUUUCAAUCUGUAUUUUUUUCUUGGUUUCGGUCAUUGAUGUAUAAAAAAAUAUAUAUAUACAAAACUAAUCGAAGUAUUUAGCAUUCUUUAUAUUAUUUUUGAUGAGCCAGUUCCACAGUUAUCAAUUCGUAAGCAUCUAAAACAUUAAAUUUAGUUUAGAUACACAUGGCAUACAUAAAUGUCAUAAUCAAUAAUCUAUGCUCUUUCAAAUCCUCUUAAGUUUUCAUUUGAAAUUGUAAAUAACAUUCUACCACAUUCCUUUUCUUAUAAUGUCAAUAUACAUUUAAUCAUCACAUUGGUAUGAACACGACACAAGGCAUUCCAUGACAAAUCCGUUUUUUUAUUUUCUUUUGAUAAUGCCCUCAUGCAUAUCGCCAGUAUAUAUAUAUAUACAUGUGUGUGUGUGUGUGUGUGUGUGUGUGUGUGUGUGUGUGUGUGUGUGUGUGUGUGUGUGUGUGUGUGUGUGUGUGUGUGUGUGUGUGUGUGUGUGUGUGU